AUGGCGACCUGCUUGCAGAAGAUCGCUGUAGAGGAAUUUGGGGUGACUAAGGGAAGUAGAAGGGAAGCUAAGGAUACCUGGUGGUGGAACGAUGAGGUCCAGAAGGUUAUUAAGGAGAAGAAGGACUGUUUCAGAUGCCUAUAUCUGGAUAGGAGCGCAGCAAACAUGGAAAAGUACAAGGUGGCGAAGAAGGCUGCAAAGCGGGCGGUGAGUGAAGCAAGGGGUCGGGCGUAUGAGGACCUCUACCAACGUUUAAACACUAAGGAAGGCGAAAGGGACAUCUAUAAGAUGGCCAAGUUUAGGGAGAGGAAAAUGAAGGAUGUCAACAAAGUCAAAUGCAUCAAGGACAGAGAGGAUCAACUUCUUGUGAAGGAUGAGGCGAUCAAGCGUAGAUGGCAGGAGUACUUUGACAACCUUUACAAUGGAGAGGUUGAGAGCUCUAGCAUUGAGCUAGAUGACUCCUUUGAUGAUACCAACAUGUGCUUUGUGCGACGUAUCCAGGAGUCUGAGGUUAAGGAGGCAUUAAGAAGGAUGAAAGGAGGCAAGGCGAUUUGUCCUGAUGGUAUCCCCAUCGAGGCAUGGAGAAGCCUUGGAGACAUAGCGAUAGUAUGGCUAACUAAGCUUUUCAACCUCAUUUUUCGGUCAAACAAGAUUCCCGAAGAAUGGAGGUGA